AUGCCUUCGAUCCUCAUCCAUGGCAACGACGUUCCGAUCGAGUUCGAGCAUGCGGGGCUGGAGGAGCACUACCUGAAGAUGAAGGAGAUGAAGGCCUUCAAUGACUGGUGCCGGGAGAUGGACGAGGAGCUGGUUGUGUCCAAGGUGGUGGUGCAGUCCAUCGACCUCUUCGGGCCGAGGAUAGGCUUCCUCAAGUUCAAGGCGGAGGCGACGACGAGGGACGGGAAGCAUGUGCCCGGCAUCGUGUUCAUGCGAGGAGGAGCCGUCGCGAUCUUUAUCGUCAUCACGUGCAAGGAGAGCAAGAAGCAGUACACGCUCCUCACUGUGCAGCCGCGGGUGCCCGUGGGGAAGGCGGCAUUGUACGAGCUGCCGGCGGGGAUGCUGGACAACAGCGGGGACUUUGUGGGGAUGGCGGCGAAGGAGCUGGAGGAGGAGACGAGCCUCAAGGUGCAGAAGAAAGAUCUGAUGGACUUGACAGAGAAGGCGUUCGGGAGCGGCUGCCCCGGCAUCUACCCGUCAGCAGGAGGAUGCGACGAGUACCUGCGGAUCUUCCUGUACCGGACGACGAUGAGCCCCGAGGAGAUCAGCAGCCUGCACGAUAAGUGCACGGGGGUGCUGGAGGAGGGGGAGACGAUCAAGCUGAAAGUGAUUCCGAUCGAUGACCUGUGGAGGACGGCUCCGGACGUGAAGGCGUUGUCAGCCCUCUGCCUGUAUGAGAACUUCCUUGCCAGACGAGAGAUCCCCAGCGACUGA